AUGUACUCCCUACAUUUUCUGGUAAUCUUGCUGAUUAUUCCUAGAGGUAGAGGUCAGGAAUCCACUCAGGAUGUCAAAUCACCUGAAAUAUGCGAAAAUGAUUGUCAUUUUUACAACACGUCUAUAACAUCAUCAACUAUCAAAAACUGGCCUUCGUUGUGCACAACAGUCUGUGGAAAUCUCGUGUUCAAUGCUGACACAGAUCUAACGGGAGAACAGUUGGAACCGUAUUUUCAAAAGCUAAGGCACUUGAAUGGAAUUAUCAAAGUAGAAUUAUCGAAUUUGACGUCAUUAAGUUUUCUAGGAAAUAGGCGGGAAUUCAAGUGCGAAAAGGGCGAGCUCAUUAUUGCAAGAAAUUCAGAGUUGAAAAAUGUGUCCGCAAUCGAAAAAUGGUAUUCUAUGACACCGUGCAUUUGGCACGUUGUGCUCAACCCAAAAUUAAACUUCAAGCCGCAUUGUGACAUUCCAACUUCCAACUUUAACGUCGACCUGAAUGUCUAUGGCAACUUACAAAAUUGCGGAUGCAGAAAUCUGCGAGCUGGUCCAAGAUCUCUACUAUACUUCCCAAAAUGCACAUCUAUCGCGGGCUCUGCAAAUGGAGGCUUGAAGAUUAGUCAAAUUUCUGAGGCUCAUAAUGUAUCUGUGCUGACAUCACUGAAGAAGAUUGAAGGCGUCUUUGAAGUAUAUAAUACCAGCCUUCAGGAUUUGUCGUUUCUCGAAAACUUGGAAACCAUCUCCGGAAACUGGUUACCAUAUUUUGCUACGUUUAGCAUUCAUGAUAACCCAAAUAUGGCACGACUUGGGCUAAAAUCCUUAAAGAAGUUAACCCCAUUAAACGGAGGACUUCUUGUUGGUUUUAAAAAUAACCAUCCAGAUUUUUGCUUGACCACCUAUGAAAUUCAAUUGUUUUCAAAGUCCAUGGCUCAUUUCUCCGACUUUGAAGCAAGAAUUUGUUCAGAUACAUACAGAAAGGAUGAGGAAAAAGUGUGCUAUUUUACUACACUCAAAGAUGUGGAUUCGAAUUGUCAGCACAUUGUUGGCGAUAUUGUGAUAAAUGAUAAAAAUGAGAAAGAAAUUGAAAAACUCAACAAAGCUAUCAUAAUCUAUGGAUCGUUUACUAUUGAGGAUACUAAAUAUUUGGAAGAUUUAACCUUUUUAAAACAUCUAGAACAAGUUGUUGGCUUAAAAAUGGAUUCGGGUCCAAUUGUCCGAUUCCUGUCAAAUAGUGCACUUAAAAAUGUUAAAUUUCCAAUAAUGAAGAGACCCCCAUUCCAAAUAAAUCAUGAGCCGGUUAUUGAGAUUAAUGGAAACUUGGAAAUUAUAUUUAACAAUGUACAAGAAUGUAAAUUGCAUGAAGAACAAACUCAGUCUCGAGUAAAAUACAAUGGAGACGAAUGUGAUGCUCUGGAAGAACUUUCAUUUCCUAGUCAAUCAAGUCCAACUCAGUCAUUUGAUUAUGUAGAAUCAUCAACUGUUGAAAAGUUUGAAGAAGAGUCUGAAAUAACUAGUGGAACCAUGGAAAAUGAAUUGAGCACAGGCACAAGUGUGAUUGCGAUAACACACAGCUCAGUGGAGCCAACAACUAAAUCGGGAAACGGAGCCCAAAUUCUUAUCGUUUUGAUUAGUUUCGCUUCCAUUCAUUCCUAG